AGUUCUGUGCCCCCAGCGUUUCUGUUUAAAUGAUUGAUUCUGACCAAUCAGCGGGGAAGGGGGAGGAGCUACAGAACCAGUUUUAGGCAGUGACAAACAGUUGCGCUUUCUUCCUCAUUCAGUCGUUUACAGUUUGUGUUGGAGAGAACAGAGUAAGCGCCGCCAUGACAAAGGACCCCAAUAAGCCCAGAGGGAAGACCUCUGCCUACGCCUUCUUCGUUGCAACCUGCCGCGAGGAGCACAAAAAGAAGCACCCAGGAACCAGCGUCAACUUCGCAGAGUUCUCCAAGAAGUGCUCAGAGAGAUGGAAGACUAUGUCAGCCAAGGAAAAGGUGAAAUUUGAUGAGAUGGCCAAGAACGACAAGGUCCGCUACGACCGAGAGAUGAAGUCCUACGUUCCCCCGAAAGGAGCCAAGAAGAGCAAGAAGAAGAAGGACCCCAAUGCACCCAAAAGACCUCCCUCCGCUUUCUUCGUCUUCUGCUCCGACCACCGUCCCCGGAUCAAGGAGGAGCAUCCCGGCAUCUCCAUCGGCGACAUCGCCAAGAAGCUGGGCGAGCUCUGGGCGACGCAGGGCAGCAAGGACAAGGCGCCGUACGAGGCCAAGGCUGCCAAGCUGAAGGAGAAAUACGAGAAGGAUGUUGCCGCCUACAGAGCCAAAGGCGGUUCAGGGAAGAGCGACGCCGGGAAGAAGAGUGGCCCCGGCCGGCCCCCAGCCAAGAAGGUCGAGCCUGCUGACGAUGAUGAUGAUGAUGACGACGAAGAUGAGGAGGAUGAUGAUGACGAUGAUGAUGACGAUGAUGAAUAAGUGUCACGUGAAAGGAUGUGAAGUUUGUGAUGCGUUGUUCAGCUUAUACCUGUUUCUUUUGUGUGUGGAUGAUUGCAACAUUUAGCCUGCUGUCCCUGGUUCUGGUCCGGUUCUGCUGGACCGGGUAUCCUCCUUUUAUUCAGGGAUUUAGUUUCUAGCCUCCCUUUAGUCCGUGUCUGUUUCUACUGAACUCGGGUUGUUCCACCUUGUGAACGGCGCUGAACUGGACUGAAGCGCCGGCGGACGGCAGGAAGACAUUUUGUUUUUUAAAGCUUGGUUCUGGAAGCACUGCUCGCGUUCUGUUCUAGUGGUGCCGUUUUCUUUCCCACUGUCGUUUUACCACCAGGAUGUUUCUGUAGCUUCAUUAAGAUGUUGGCAGCCAUUUUUAAAGUGGAACUUUGGAACCUGUAGAACGAAUUUUUCUUUUUAUAAUAAAAUUUUGUAUAUUGAUUAUAA